AUGUUUUGUUUGGUGAGAACCCUGGGCCGUUUACAACCUCGUGGCCAGUCCCAAAAGGUUCAUCGUCUUGGAGAGUUAGAGGUGAAGAUCCAGCCGGUGAAUGAGGGGUCUUCGACCACUGAUAGAUUUGAGAGGUGGAUGGCUACCCGUGGGCAACCUCAAUUGACUUUAUCUUGUGGGCAUGUUGUGCAUGCUUGGAGAUACCAACAUGCCGGGAGUAUCUGCAAGUAUGAGAAUGUGAAUAUCACUGAUUUACCUGAGCAUGUGGAUUGGAGGGACGAAGGAGCGGUUACUCCUAUAAAGGAUCAAGGCACAUAUUGUAGGUGUUAUGCUUUUAGUGUGGUAGCUGCUGUGGAGGAAGCCUUUAAGCUUAGCACAGGUCGCUUGGUACGCUUUGUCUGAACAACAAGUAAUAGAUUGUUGCAGGCAAUGCCAUAAUUGCAUGGCAAGGGAGGCUACAUAUAUAGAGCAUUUGAGUAUAUUAUAGACAAUGGUGGCUUGACAUCAGAAGCUAAUUAUCCGUAUACAGCAAUUCGGGGUCGUUGCCAGAAAUGGAAAGCACCGGUCGCACAGAUAAGUGAUUAUCAGUUUGUGCCAUCAAACGAGGAGGCUCUGCUUAGAGCUGUUGCCCACCAGCCUAUUUCAACUGCGAUGUUUUGUACUCACGAUGAUUUUCAUGACUAUGGAGGUGGUUUAUACUCUCACCAUCAUGAAUACUAUUA